AUGAAAGAACAGUGUAUGAUUUGUAUUGAUAAUUCUGAAUGGAUGAGAAAUGGAGAUUAUGCUCCAUCCAGAUUGGGUGCUCAAGUAGAAGCCGCUAACUUGAUUUGUGGAAGUAAAACACAAAGUAAUCCCGAAACCACCAUCGGUGUUCUUACUAUGGCCGAAUCGAACCCAUCGGUUAAAGUUGCUCCAACCACAGAUCUUGGCAAACUCCUUUCAAGCUUAUCAUCCGUAGAAAUUGGAGGAAACUUACAAUUUUCUAAAGCUCUUCAAAUAGCAUAUUUGGUAUUGAAGAAUAGAGCACCUGAUCAAGGAACACCAAACAGACGAUUGGUCAUCUUUGUGGGUAGUCCGAUUGAGGAAAAUAAGGACGAUUUGGUCAAGUUGGGUUUACGUAUGAAAAAGAAUAAUGUUGCUUGUGAUGUUGUUAAUUUUGGAGAAGUUCAAGAAAACACAGCUAAAUUAGAAGCUUUCAUUAAUGCAGUCAAUCGAGAUGAUAAUUCUAGAAUGGAGACAAUUCCUCCUGGACCACACAUUCUCUCCGAUAUGUUAUUCUCAUCUCCAAUUGUUGGAAUGGGAGGUGCCGGUGUAAGUGCUGCAACAACAGGUGGAGCCACAGCAGGAGAAGCAGGUGCUGGAGGUGGCGAAUUUGACUUUGGUGUUGAUCCAAACCUUGAUCCUGAAUUGGCUAUGGCUAUUCGUCUCUCUUUGGAAGAAGAAAAAAGAAGACAAGAACGAGAAAAGCAAGCAACUGGAGCAUCAUCAUCAGCAACAACUACUCAACAACCAACUGAAUCAUCGUCAAGCAGUACUACUGCUACUACAUCGUCAACAGCGGCUGCAGUACCAACAACAGCAACCUCUCAACAACAAGAGGAUGAAGAUGUAGAUAUGGAGGACGAUGACGCUCUUGAAAAGGCUCUCCUUCUCUCGAAACAAGAAGCAGGAAUGGUCGAUGAGGACGAAGAAUUGGACGAAGAAGCUGCAUUGCAACAAGCAUUAAAGAUGUCUAUGGAAGAAGCUCAAAAUAAGAAGAAGGAUGAAAAUAUUGAAGACAUUGUUGAAGAUCAAGAAUUCAUGCAAGAUUUGGUUGGUGGCUUAGGAAAGAACGUAAAUUCAGAUGAAGUUUUGAAAAAGAAAGAUGAAGAAAAGAAGUAA